GCGUAACCGUAGGCGCCUAGACAGACGGCAUCAUGAGUGAAGCCGCCGAGAUUGCAGCGCGCCGUGGGCGCCGCGCGUCGCUGCCGCUGCGCGCCUCAAUCACCGAGCUCGUGCAAAGCAAGCGCCCGUCCCUCGGAAGCGAACCCUUUCGUCCGCCGUCAACACACGAGAAAUACGAGGCGCCCAGCAACAACAAGGCCCUCCGCAGCGUCCAAAGUGCGUCGACGCUCCGAAGCCGUGGCCAAUCGACCGUCGGCAGUGACGACACCGACCCGCUCGAGACGCGUCAUCGCCGCGCGCCGACGACACACCCGCGCAUUGUUGACGCGUGCGGGCGACCAGUUGUCGGCGUCGCGUACGGCAAGGGCACGAUGCAGUACGUCAAGUUUAGCUCGACCGAGGCGCCGCCGUCCUCGCAGGCCCCGCCGCCGCGCUGUGGGUUUUGCCACGGCAACAACAUGCUCUGGCAGCUCCAGUGCUCGUUCUGCGGUUGUCAGCGCGUGCGCGAGGCGCCACGCAUGCACUAUGUGGUCAAUACGCUCUUGAGUCUCGACCCGCACAUCAGCGCGAGCAAGAUGGCGCGCAAACUGCUGCGCUACGCCCAGUUUGACGCUGAGGCGCUGCAAGCGGACGCUGCGUUCCGCCAAGCGACCAUGGUGCGGACCCGCGUCGCCAUGAGCAUCAUGAGCAAAACCUCCGACACGCUGCGCUUCCACAUCAUGCGCAUGAUCUUCAAGGCAUGGCGCAAAGUCCGCGCCGAGGCGACGGCGGGCGAAGACAUCAUGGCGCGGCUCAUUAGGAUCAAAGACAUGCAGGCGCGGUCGCGGCGCAAGGCCGACACGUUCCGUGCGUGGGCCGCGUUCCGAGACUCGUGCCAAGACCAGCGCGCGCUGCGGUGGACGAUCGCACUCGACAAACGCCGCAAAGUGGCCAAGCAACGCGCGUGGAUGCUCUGGAUGCGGUUUGUGACCACCCGGCUCCGGAAGCGCUGCCAGCACAUGAAAGAUACGCUCAUGUCGAACAAUCAAGCGCGCACGUCCGAGGAGCUCGCCAAGGCCAAGGGCUUGCUCAACGAAGCCAAAGGCUCGUUGCUCAUGGCAAUGGACCAAAUUAUCGCCGUGACAACGCAGCUCAUGCCACUUGUCGACCUCCGUCUCCAGCAGCUGCUGCACUACAAAGCCAUUGCGCCCGACACAGUCGCCUACGCGCUCGAGCCCACGUGCGCAUCGUCGGUGAUCGACUCGCUCAUGGUCCACGACCUCUCGCUCGUCGCCGACAUGACGGUCCCGAAAAUCGACGUUCCGUUUGCAUCCAACACAACGCUCCACGUUGUCGCGGCCCGGGUCGUGGCCGAGCCCCCGCACGCGAUCGUCUUGCGCUGGGUCAACGCGGCGAUCGAGAGCAUCAACGCCACUGCGGCGCUCAAGGUCCUCGCGCCGCUGCCGACGUUGAGCGACGUCUACCUGCACAUGGCGUCGCCGACGCUCUUGUUGCACUUGCUCUGGCAUUUUGUACCGGCCUCCAAAGCAGCGUACGACACGCGGUACGACGACGCCUGCCGUCGCGACCCGCUCUUGGCAACAAGCAGUCACCACGCCCAGCACCAUAUGCAGUGGAAGCUCUUUUUCGAGUUGGCGGCCAAUUACGCAGCACUUGGUCACGAGAUGGUGACGCGCGACGACAUGGAAAGCAGCGACUUUGGCGCCUACUACCUCGUGCUGCUGCACUUUUUUGUUCAGUUUUACCACCAAUCGGUGGCGUCGCCAGCGGACGCACCGACGAGCGAGCUGCGCUUGUCGAUCGACGGCGUCUGGGCGGCGCUGCGCCCCGACAUCUUUCCGUCGUACGAGUCGGACCCGGCGACGCGCGAGAGCUGCCGCAACAUUUUGCGGGACCUCGAGACGGUCCAGCACGCCCAAGCUCAUGUACUGCGACUGCAUUACGCAACUGCACUCAUCGUCGGUCAGCACAGCCAGCACGCGCUCGCCUCGGGGUUUGAGGACCUCGCACGCCGCAGCACCGGGCGUAGCACGAAUGUGCAAGUCGCGCUCGAGAAGCAGCGUCUCGCCACGUCCAUCACGCUCGACAACAGUCGCCUCGAGUUCAUGUGCCCGCAACCCGACGACUUUCGCUCGAUCCAGAACCUCCUCCGGAAGCACGUGGUGCCGCUCAUCACGUUGUUCAAGAGCUGCGGCGUGAGCGCAGCGGGCUUCUCCCUCUCGGAGCAGGAGUUUUACAAGCUCAUUUCCGACACGGGGGUCUUUGACCGGAAGCUCAUGGCGCGCGGGUACCUCCAAGUGCUCGUCCAGCACACGACCGACGUCCACGACGUUGGCGCCGAGCGCUGUCUCUCGACCCACGAGUUUGCAGAGGCCAUUGUUCGCGUCGCGCAUCACCUCAGUCAGAAAGCCGCAACGACCGACGCCCCCCCGUCGCUCGUGGGCAGCGUCACCGACUUUGUCGAAACCAAGCUACUGAAAUUAGCGUCCGAGCGCGAGAAGCAGAAUUUGACACUCUUCAAGCGCCAACUGGGCGCCUCGGACGUGCAAGCGGUCGUGCGCGCGGCUGACAAGAAGCUGAAAAAGGUGUUUGCGUUCUACGCGGUGGAGCACCGGGCCAAGAGCAUGAACCUCGCGGAAUUUAGCAAUUGGUUGAAGGACCAGCGUUUGAUUGACGCCAUCUUCCCGUUCCCGCGCGCCAAGCUCGUGUUUCUGAGCGCGAUGCACCACACGGAGGCGAUCGUGUCGUCCAACGACCUCGAACUCGACUUGACGUUUGGCGAGUUCAUCGAAGCCGUCGUCGCCGUGGCCGUGUACCGCAACCCGAACCCGUACCUCCCGCUGGCCGACCGUCUCCACCUCUUCUUCAACGACCACUUGCCGAGCUAAUACUCCUACAUUCGAUUUCAUACACCGGCAUGUUGUACGAUCCCUUUGGACACGCCAGGACGCCACCAGAACUCAGAU